AUGGCGGUCGACACUGAAGCCAUUGGAAAGGUACACCGCGCCCUGUUCCCGGAGUACGGUCCGACACCGCUCGUCUCCCUUCCUGCGCUAGCCAAGGAGCUCGGUUGUAAGGAGGUCUACGUCAAGGACGAGAGUGAGCGGUACGGCCUUCCCGCAUUCAAGGUCCUCGGUGCGAGCUGGGGCCUGUGCCGCCUACUCGGGGAGCGCUACGGUGUGGAGCCCUGGGACAUCGCGGCCAUCAAGGGCCGAGUGAAAUCAGAGCCAAAGCUCGGCGUCUACACGGCCACAGAUGUCGCACGCACGGCCAAGCUCCUCGGCCUCCCGGCCUUCAUCUACGUUCCGAGCACGGUGGAGCAAUGGAGUAUCGACGCGAUCGCCUCCGAGGGCUGCGAAGUGAAGAAGGUGGAGCGGGACUAUGACGGCGCAAUCGCUGCGGCUCUGGAAGCGUGCAACGCCGCCGGCGGGUUGAUGGUUCAGGACAUGUCGUGGGAGGGGUACGAGGACGUCCCCGCUUGGAUCGUCGACGGGUACACUACGAUUUGCCGCGAAGCCGCUUCCGAAGUGAAAGCAACGGGCGUCGUCGUCCCCGUCGGCGUGGGUUCGCUGGCACAUGCAGUCGCCAAGUUCUAUGGUCCCGAGGGCCCCGACCACGCCCGCCUCGUCUCUGCUGAGCCUGAAGCGGCGCCGUGUCUUGCCGAGUCUCUGAAAGCUGGCAAGCCGGUCAGCAUCACCGAGAGCAGCUUCACUAUUAUGCCGGGACUGAACUGCGGUACGGUCAAUCCGCAGGCGUGGCCUGAUCUGCAGCGAUACAUCCGUCCCCAGGACGCCGUGGUUGUCAACGAUAAUGAGGCGCUGACAGCGGCGAGCGACCUGCAGGCGCUUGGUGUGAACGCAGGGCCAUGUGGCGCAGCGACGUUGGCGGCGGCGAGGAAGGCGGAGUGGAAAGCGAAUGAUGUUGUGGUGCUCAUCUGCACGGAGGGGAAGCAGUGA